UCUGAUCUCGCUCAUCGUCACCCACGACGGCCAUUUUAUUCAUAUAAAAAUCGGUUUUUUCGAAUCGUUUUUCGUUUUCUCCGUCUUUUGAAUGGUAAAAGGUGAGAACCUUGACGGGUUGGUCGAUGAACUGGUGCUGAAAAUUUCUGUCAAAAUACUUUUUUUUCCGUCAUGUUUCUUGCGUUUUUUGAUCUUCGAUUGGAUUUGCUAGGCUGCUUCGUGUGUGAUGUCCUUUGAUGCGUUUGAAAUCUUUGAUUUUAUCGAAUUGUGUCUCUAUUUCCAUGAAUCAGUUCACAUGCCCAUCCUCAUAACUAGAGCAGAUUCCCGCCAAUUAUCGUAAGUAAAAGCUGAAAACUUUCAUGAUUCUAUUGUUUUCUAAUCUUGGGUUAGUUUCUUUAGUUCGCAUCGUCUAAUUCCGAUGUCAGUGGUGUAUUAGGCUUUCUUGAAACUUCCCAACUGGUUGCUGGGGCUUUUGAUCAUUGAGGGGAUUCAUGCUUUCUAAUCCAUUAAAGAGGGAGUAGUUGUUAGUCCAUUCAUGGAUUUUAGUCUUCUGCUGUGAUCAAAUGGAGGCUUUCGAUGGCCCAAUUUAUUGAACUAUCUCUGAUGCCUAGUUGUAUGUUGAUAGUCUUCUUUGCUUGCCCUUUAAUUUCAUUCAAUCAAGUGCUGUGCUAUUUUGUGUUAUUUCAUUUUCCUUUUUGGAAUUUCCCUUUUUGUACUCUUAAUCAAGUUUCUGUCUCUAUGCAUAUGACUUGUCUCGGAGUUUCUGUAAGAAUACUACGUUUUUUCUUAUAUUUGCGGCAAAUAUUUGCUGAGAUGGUACCUCUUCCCUUCUAUUUUUGGUGAUUUUUUGGCAACUGGUCUUGGGUUGCAAAAAGGAGAUGCAGUUAUUACUGCAAGGGUAUCUCAUCAUUCACAGGAUUUGGCUCUGACAAAUUUCUCAGUUUUGAUGUCUUUUCCAUCUAAAUUCUACUUGUUUGGCUUUAGAGCGCCCACUGUUUUGGGUUUCUUUAUGAAGAUUUGUUCUAACUGGCCUGUUCUGAGCUCCUUCUAACUUUUUUGCUUGAUCUCAGCAUGUGUUAUUGGUUCCAAGUCAACUGAAGUGGUAGCAAGAAUUUCUUUUUUUUUUUUUCUUGUACAGUGGAAUGCAUUUGAUAUUCACAAUCAAUACUGUCUCUGACUUGAUUUGUUUCUUCAUCAUUUUACUUGAAUUGAUUAUCUAUUAUUUUCUUAUCUGAAGCAGUUUGUAGAACAAUCAACUACAUUUGGUUGCUGGUACAAAGAGAGCAUAUAUAAUUGAACUAAUUAAGGAUUCAUUAGCUUAAUAUACCUGAAAUUACGAUAAAUGGGUUCGGAAGGGCCUUCAGUGAUAACUGUUCAUGCUACUGGAUUCAAGAAAUUUCAUGGGGUUUCUGAGAAUCCAACAGAAACAAUUGUCAGUAAUCUGAAGAAAUUCAUGGAAAAGAAAGGAUUGCCAAAAGGCCUUGUUCUUGGGAACUGCAAGGUUCUUGACACUGCUGGACAGGGAGCACUUGGUCCACUUUAUGAACUAUUUGAGUCUUCUGUGAGUGGACGAGACAAUGAAUCUUCGAAUGUGGGGCCAGUCAUUUGGAUCCAUUUUGGAGUCAAUAGUGGUGCAACAAGGUUUGCCAUUGAGAAUCAAGCAUUCAAUGAGGCUACUUUUCGUUGUCCAGAUGAGCUAGGAUGGAAACCUCAGAGGCUUCCCAUUGUACCUUCUGAUGGAAGCAUCUCACGAACACGUCAGACUUCACUUCCUGUUAAUGAAAUUGUCAAUGGCUUAGCCAAGAUGGGAUAUGAUGUAAUGCCUUCAGAUGAUGCUGGUCGAUUUGUGUGCAAUUAUGUCUACUAUCAAUCUCUCCGGUUUGCAGAGCAACACCGAAUCAAAUCUCUCUUUGUACAUGUUCCUCUCUUCUUGACAAUUGAUGAGAAUUCCCAGAUGCAGUUUGCUGCUUCCCUUUUGGAGGUACUUGCUUCCUUGCACUAGUACUUCUCUCGUUUCUACGAAGAAAGGUCCCUCUGCAGAAAGCUCUUUUUUCCAUUCGGACCUUUGACAUUUCAAGCGGUUGGGUAUUUUUAGGCUAAAGAAAAUGCGCAUUUGUUUGGUAGUCCAAGUCUUUGUAUGUCUUGAAGGUAUGUGCGCAAAGAUGGCUGAUGAAAUCCACUGGAGAAGUUCAUAUGCUCGUGUUUGUUCCAUCCUCGUAUGUGCAGAAAGAUGGCUGAUGAAAUUCCUGUAUGCUUCGUAGGAUGCAAAGCAAUGCUUGUGUGUAUGUAUUUUCGUUAGAUCUUUCUUGCAGGACAUGAAUCUUGUAAAGAAGUCUAUAUAUUGCUCUAAUAAAUUUCGAGAAAAUUGCUGUUGCCACUCA